AAUCUACGAGCAUAACAACAAAGUUUCGGUAGUUUAUCAAAACUGACGCGCGAUUAAGUAAAAUAAAGUGAAAAGUAAAACAAUAAAAUAUGGAAAGUAUGCGUCCAAUGACUAGCGGGCAAAUGAUGUCGGAUAAAUCAGUCGCUCAGUGGCAAAGAGAUGUGGAUAUGAAAAGCGAAAACAAUUCGGACAGACCUAAAACGAGUGUAAGUCGGCCGCAAACUCGGCAUGAGAGACCGAUAUCUCGAAGAGGAACUCAAAAUCAAUCAACGCGUGUUGGAAGUGCGUUGAGAACAGGAACUCCAGGAAGAAGUGGAGCUUCGGCUCGUCCGCCUUCAGCAUCGGCUUAUUCGAAUCGCGGAUCAACGGCCAAUCCGCGAUCUAAUAAUUUAACGUCAGCUAUGGGGAUGAGUAGACUAAAUACUGGACUUCCGCCUACAUCUCAUGUCAGUUCGGGAGUAUUUGACAGGCCAAUAACGCAGCAUGGAAUCGCUGGAAUGCGACCUGCAACCACUAGAGGAUUGCCUAUGACUAGACAAAUUCAAGACAAAAGAUAUUAUGAAGGUUUGAUUCAACUGAAGCUUCGAGAACUUAACCAAGAAAUCGCAGUUAUUAGCAAUGAAAUAGAAGCUCAGAAAAAAGAACGCGUAACUUUUGCGCAUUACGAUAACAGAGCUAAAGAACUAGCUGCCGAACUAACGGAAUUACAAGGAAAAUUAGCAGAUUAUAAUAUAGUUAUGGACAAAGUAGCGUCAAAUAUCGACAAAGACGACAUGGAAGACGAAGUAAAAGAAAUAAAAUCAUCAAAUGAACGUAUGUCCGUGGAAAUAGAUAAUUUAUUUGAACAGCGAAGAUUCAAAGAACAAAAAUUGCGCGAUAUGGAAGAAAGAAUUGAAAUAGAAGAAAAAAAAGCUGAUAGAAUAAUAGAAGCAAUGGAUCCAAAUAUGCGCGAAAUGUAUGAUAAUUUAGUCGAACAAAGGAACAAAUUACAAAAUGACAUCGGAGAUCUACAAAAAGAAAUGGAUUUGUUGUCCUCGGAAAAAUUUAAUUUAGAAGAACAAAUUGCGUUGUCAUCAAUAAAACAAGAGGCGGUCAAACUUGAAAUAAAAAUAGCAGAGGCUGAAGAAAAACGGUCUAAAUUAUUGGAUGAGCAGAAAAAUAAAAUGUCUCCUGAUGAAGAAAGGGAACAUCUUCUUACGCGGGUCAAACAAGACAACAUGGAUAUUGUUGCUGCCGAAAGAAAAAUAGCGGAAACUGAAAAUAAAAUCCGUGAAGUUGAACAAGAAUUGGAACAAUUAGAGACGGAUUUCGAAGACAAUCAGUCUGAGAAACAAAUAAAAUACAAUGAGUUGAGAAAACGUGAAGAAGCUAUCGAACAAUUUAUGCCAAAUUUCGAACAAAGCAAAGAAGAAGAACUGAAAAAAUUGGGGAAUCUAGAAGACAAAAUUGUCGAAUCAUUAAGAAAAUUGGCUUACGCUACUGACCAUGAUAUUAAUCAACUUUCGUUAAAUGAUGAAAUGGCCAUUUUUAAUAUUCCUUCGGCUGAGAAUGUCAGCAAACAGGACCAGAGUUUUGAAGAGCUUAGUAAAGAACACAUUAAAUUGAAACAAUCGCUUAUUAAAAUGGAAAGCUUGGAAAAAAAAUUAAACAAUGAAUUGAAUGAAUUGACUGAAAAAAUAAAACAAAAAGAAAACGAAUUAAUUAUUUUAGAGGAUUUAGAAGGGUUGAAAGCGCGCUCUGAAGCGGAACAUGAGGAACUAAUUAUGCAAAGACAAGAACUCAAAAAUCGUCAGCCGGAACGAGAGAAAGAAUUAUUGGCUGUACGCGAAGAAUAUGAGAAGUUGAAGACAGAACUGGAGAAAAAUGACUUGUACUUACAAAUAAGUGCAUUAGAAGAUAAGUUUGAAAAAUUAACUCAAGAUAAUGAAAAUAUUAUGAGUUCUAUUAGUGAAAGUGAAAAUCAAAUGAAUUAUCAAUCGUUGAAAGAACAAGUAUUUGUUUUAUUAGAAAAAUAUAAUUCGCUUCUUAGGGAUAACGUUAAAUCAAUUUAAUAAAUUUAUUAAUAAAUUACUCGACAGGUAUAAUUUAUUAUUGACCGAAUGUUUAAGUAUUUUUUAUGUAAUUCAUACCGAAGAAUCCGCAGCUAACUGGCUCAAGUCAGUCUCAUAAAAUUUUAUAUUAAAAUACAGUUCUUUCUGAUUGGUUAAAAGAGUGCUUAAACAUAUAUCAAAUCACUCAUUUUUAUGUUCAUUAAGUUCUCAAGAUGUCGAAUGAGCCACCUAGCGAACUAUCCCAGCAAACGAAGUCGGAUUGAAGUCCAAUACGAACCAACCCGAUUCAAUGCGAUUUUUGAAAACAGUGUUUCGUGUUAAAACGCAUUGAAUCGGAUAGAAUAAAUUCGAGGCAGAGUUCAACUUACCGACCAACUCGGUAGUCCAGUCGAUGCGCAAGAAAAAAUGGUCAAAGAUCAUUUUUUCGGUGGGUAAAGAUCGAUUUUGAAAAAAUUUUUUUUUAAAAUACUAGAAAAAAUAUAAAAAAAAAAAGUUACCAUAAAUUUGGAGGUGGAUCAUAUUUUUUUUAUAAAAAAAUUAGAUGUAAAAUGAAAUAUCUCUGAAAGUAUUGAGAAGUUAUCGAGACAAACUAGUAUCAUUGUUUUUGGGAUUUAAUAACGAACAAAAUGAAUUUUGAACGAAGUCUCUACGACGAAUAGUUGCUGAGAUAAAAAUUAUUAAAGCGCGAAAAACGAAAAGGCGCGUCAUUUCGUCCGCGCGCGGAUAAACAAAAGAGUGUAACUCAGCAGCAAAUCGAUAUUUUUACAAUUUUUUUUUUAUUCUCUUAGUAAAUCUUAUAUCAACCAUAAAAAAAUUUGGUAACUUCAAAAAAAAUUUUUUCGAAUUUUAAAUUUAAAAAAAGUAAAAAUCACUUUUUGUUAAAUAAAAAAUAAAAAAAAUGGAAAAUAAAUAAAAUGACCUAAUGGAUAAUUUUGUUUGAACCAUUACCCAAACAAUUACGGGUAAUGACAGUUAAAAAAAAUUUUUUUUUCAUAAAAAAACCCAUUUUGAAAAUUUUUGAAAUUUAUCAACAAUUAAAAAAAAAAAAUAUUUUUUUUGAUACGACAGAAAUUCAUCUCGCGAAAUUCUGAAUCGAAUGGUAUAUACGAAUUUUUGUCGAUUUUUUGAAAUUUUACCUUUAUAAUUUUCAAUAUAAGGGCUUGGUAACAAGUUGGUAAGUAAAGAAGUUGGUAACAAAAUUUUCUGUAGUUAUCCAAUACUAACGUGUCGGGUCUGAUCGUAUUAAAACGGAUUGAAAAACGGAGAUUUCAAAAACUGCAUUGAAUCGUGUUAAAGAGGAUAGGAUGUUGAAUCCGACUCAAUCCGAUCCCGUUUGCUGGGUAAGACGUUUUUGAAAAGAGUUCUUUUUUCUGACUUCGCAAAUAAGACUACAGUAUGAACUUACCAUGACAUCUUAAGGAGCUCCUAAUUUUGACUUCAAAGAAGUUAAAAAAAAGAAUACAUUUAGACGUCACAAAAAUGACGUCUUAUUUACGGAGUCUUCAAGAACUCUCAAAAAUGACACCUUUAAGAAGUCAUUAUAAGACUUUUUGAGAACGCUUUCAAAAAGACGUCGUAAAGCUGCCAUUCCGACUUGAAUGCUGCCUGGGUAAAAUUUAGUUUGUAAAAACUUACACUCGAUCACAAUAAUAAUAAUAAUAAUAUUAAUAAAUAACUUUCCAAAUGUAAUUUUUAUCUUAUUAUUGAAAAUACUUAUAUUCUGUUUAAUGUUUUAUAUUUCCAUACAAUUAGGGGCCAUCCAUAAAUUACGUCACACGAAUUUUAGGACUUUUGAACCCCUCCCCUCGUCCUUGUCACAGGUUGUCACAUUUUUAUGACCCCCCUCCUGAUGUGACGUCACACAUUUUUUUAAUUUAUGCAUAAAUUUAAAAUAAUCGAGAGAAAACAGCUAUUAGAGUGUCUCACUUGCAUUACAACGCCGCUCUAGAAGUUAAAUGACGUUGCAUGAGAGAUAAUCUCAUAGCGAGAAUGCUAAAUUAUUAAUAAAUAUAGAUCAAGUUCGUAAAUUUUUAAAGUUUUUUAUUCACAUCUGAACUUCGCGUUUUAGUAUUUUAAAUUUUAACAGGUGACGUCACAAAACUAUUGACCCCCGCAUGCCCUUUGUCACACUAUGUCACAUUUCGGUGAUAUCCCCCCUCUCCAUUAAAGUGUGACGUAAUUUAUGGAUGACCCCUUACAGCUAUUUUUUAAAUUUAUAGAAACGACGUGAUAAUUAAAGUGAAUAUUUUCAUUUUUAGUAGAUUUUAUAAAAAUCUAACUAUUGUAUUUGUCCUCAUGACGCAAAUUUACAAGAAUUUUAAUA